AUGAAAUAAUAGAAAUUGUUUACGUGUUAAGAUAUUGAACACGAAGGAGAAGAUAUUUAAGGAUUUUGUUUAAAUUUGGGAUGUUAAGAUUCAAGACCUUAAUUCUGUCUAUAAUGUGGUGUCGACCCUAUGAAACAUUCUAAUUGUAAGAAGGACUUAAAAGGAUUUGGUUUUAUUUCAAGUUUUAUCACGAAAUUCAAUUAAAAUAUACUUGAUUUAAUAACUUAAUUGGAUAAAUCCUUUUCAUAAGUCAAAUAGAAAUAUGAAGAAUUUUAAAAAUAAUUAGAGAAAAUGAAACUAUAAUUAUUUAAGAUAUCUCAAUGUUUAAGUUAAUAGGAUUAUAACUAAAUGAAAGAAAAUUUAUAAUUAAUUAAGGAGGGAUAUCAGUAUUGUAAUAAUUAAGAGGAGAUUAGGAAGUAGAAUUAAAUUGGUAUUUUUAUAAUAGUAAUAUUCUUAGGAACACAAUUACUUAAUAUAAAAAAAAUGAUUGAAGCUUGGAAUUUAGAUAAAGCAUAAUAAUAAACUCAAGGUAUAGAUGAUUAGAGCAUACUCUAAUAAGGUAUUUGUUUUAUUAUUUCAAUUAGGAUUAUUAUUACUUAAUUAGUAGAAAUGGUAGUAGGCUAAUGAACUACUAAUUAAAAAUAUAAAAGACUUGGAAAAAUAAUUAUCAUUUGCAACACUCUUUUAAAGUACUUAUUAAUGAAAUAAUUUAGGUAUUUCUUUAAUAGAAAUAAAUUAACCAGGAAAAGGAAUGAUUAUGAGAGAUUAGGCGAAAAAGAUUAAUAGUAGUUUGUAUAAAGAUUUAUUGGAAUAUUCGGAUUAAGAACUUAAGAAAAAUCCAUAAAACCCUUUUAUUUUAAUUUUAAAAAGUUAAUUAAAUCAAAUAUAUUCAAUAGGUUAUGCUUUAAAUGAUGAUAACAAAUUUCAUUUAGCAAUUGAAUAAUGUGACAAGGUUUUGAAGGGGGAUCCCUAAAAUCUUCAUGCUUUAUAUAGAAAAGGUAUUUAUUUAUUGUCAAAGUAGGGUUAUAUUUAAUUAACUAGAAAGAAUAUGAAUAGGCUAUUUCAUGUAUUGAAAAAGCUCUUAAAAGCAAUCCAAACUAUAGUAUAUGUUAUUUCAUUAAAGGUAUUGGCAUUAUUUUUAUCGUAAUAGGUGUUUCUUUAAGUAAUCUUAAUAAAUAUGAAGAUGCAAUAAGUUGCUACGAUAAAGCAAUCUAGAUAGAUCCGAAUUAUGCAUAAGCCUAUAAUAAUAAGGGUUUUUAUUGUUUUUAUUUUAAUAGGUAAUUCUUUACGUAAUCUUAAUAAAUAUGAAGAUGCAAUAAGUUGCUACGAUAAAGCAAUCUAGAUAGAUCCGAAUUAUGCAUAAGCGUAUAUUAAUAAGGGUUUUUAUUGUUUUUAUUGUAAUAGGUGUUUCUUUACGUAAUCUUAAUAAAUAUGAAGAUGCAAUAAGUUGCUACGAUAAAGCAAUCUAGAUAGAUCCGAAUUAUGCAUAAGCCUAUAAUAAUAAGGGUUUUAUUGUUUUUAUUGUAAUAGGUUAUUCUUUAGAUGAUCUUAAGAAAUAUGAAGAUGCAAUAAGUUGCUACGAUAAAGCAAUCUAGAUAGAUCCGAAUUAUGCAAAAGCGUAUUUUAAUAAGGGUUUUUAUUGUUUUUAUUGUAAUAGGUUAUUCUUUAACAAUAUUGAAAAAAAACCAAUUAGCUAUAGCAAAUUAUGAGUUAGCAAUAAAAUAUUGUAAAACUGAUGAGGAUGAAUUUAAAAGAAGAAUUUAGGAAAUAAAAAAUAAUAAAUGA